CCGGCUUGACGUCUUAACUUGAACACUUUUUAGCCCUAGAAAUUUUUGUAAAUUGUAUACAGUGUGUAGCGUACCGUUUUGGACUAUAUUCAUUUUGCGCAAUCAAGCCGGCAAUAUGUCCCUCCUUCGCUGGCGAGAUCCCAAUGUCCUGCACACGUUGAACAUUGUGCGUGGAAUCCGGACUGGUGCCAAAGUCGCGAAUAGUCCCCGCCAACGGAACAGACUACGCCGCCAGGCUGAAAAUCGAUCAGCCAGGACCACCGAUAAGGCGGUGCCAUUGCGUUUUCAGAAGUAUCAACUCGAUGAACACAAUCCUGCGAUAACGGCCAUUCAGGAGCCCACUUCUUAUGCGGAGUACAUGGACUUGUUGGCCCGAAUGCAUGAAAAGCAGAUAAAACUGGAGGAGGACGUUGUGCGGGAGGAAAUGACAAACAAAAAGGCAAACCAGGAAAACGAAACACGAUCCACAAACCAGAUCGAAGCGAAUAAGCCACCAAACGAAACCCCUUUGAUUUUGUGCUUUGAGGAUGUCAUUGGACUGCGCCAGUUUUAUAUCAUGGAUGAUAAGGAGAGCAAUAGCAAUGCAUCAAAGAUGUACGACGAUGAUGGGCUUUUACACGAAACCGAAAACGAAGAUCUGGACUUGAGCCAUUUGCAAAUGUUCGAAGGCCGAAUUCCAUUGCUGCCACUCAAUGAUACCCGGGAAAUCGAGGAUUUUCCGGAGGACUGCGACUUUGAGGAAAACGGCAAUCCGGACUCGAAUCAAGGAAAGUGGGUUCGCCGCGUUAUGGAGUUCCUACGUUUUCGACGGCUCUCGUAACAAUCUGCUGAAAUUACCUUAAAUUUUGACUAAAUCGA